GGCAUUACAGGUCAUUUAAUAUCGCUUGUAAAUAUUCUACAAGCCCCAGUUCAAGUAACGGUAACAUUCCGGCAUGAAAAAACACGUGAAAUUCCUCGAAAGCAACGAUAAAAGUCGUCUGUACCACAGAAAGUCGUUUUUGCCUUUAAGGCCAUCUGGUCUUAGUCAUGUGCACGCUGGCAAAACAAACUCAGUAUUUGGACAUAAAAUACAAAAACCUGCAACUGUUCAAGUGCCAGAACAAGAUCGGGGCACUAAAACUAUUCAUAUCCCUAAGACCAUGGCUGCUGCUCCAUUCUUACAGCACCCAGGCCUGACACCCGGACAGAAGCGUUUUCUGUAUAAUUUCGCAGAGGCCUACAGUAAAGAGCACAUGCGGCAGCUAAUAUGUCAACACUAUAUGAAUGUAUUACACCGCUGUAUCAGGACAGUUCCAGAUGCGAAUGUGCAUCUGAACGUGAAGCUGCAGAUGUCAACACGCACCCCACAAGUGAAGCACACGACAAACUCCCAAAUUACAUCUACGAGCAGGACAAAAGAAAGUGGAAAGAGAUCUUCGACCUCAGAGAAAGUGAAGAAAACUACUUUACCUAAACUUGUCAAUCAUCAAAGAGUGUCUUCUGGAUUUGCAAAGCCAAACACAAUACAUUCAAGAAAAAGAACUAAGACCAACACUGCAAAACACGCUUCUUCACGGGAAUCACGUCCAUGGGAAGAUGACUUUGAAUGGGAGGCAACUGAAAUGGAUUCUUAUCUUGCUGGACACAUAAGUGGCCUGUCUUUUAAUGAAUCAGAAGACGAUGAUGAGUACUAUCUAUUCCUUACCUAACACAUCAAUCUGUUUUGUCAUUUGUGAAAAAUAUCUAACAAGAUCAUUCUUAGUCUUAAAACAUCUCCAAGAUGAUCCAGUUUUAAGUAAAAGGCUGUUCCAGACAUUUUAAAAUACUGAUUUUAAUAAUGUGCAUUCAGUGUUUUCUUAAAAAAUAAAACAACAAAAUGACAC